CCGUUCUGUUCUCUUCGCAGACCCAGACCAAACCCGCACCCAGCGACCACCACCGCCAUGGCACGCCGCCGCCACUCGCCGCCGACCCUCCCCGACGAGCUCAUCGAGGAGAUCCUCCUCCGUCUCCCGCCCGACGAACCAUCGUGCCUCCUCCGCGCCUCCCUCGUCAGCAAGGGCUGGAGCCACACCGUCUCUGACCCUGGAUUCCGCCGCCGCCUCCACGAUCUCCACGGGACACCCCCCGUGCUCGGCGUCCUCCACAACUGGAAGGAUGCAUCCAUCCCACGCUUCAUCUCCACCACCGCCUCGCCCUUCUCCCUCGUCGCCCCGGACCUCCUCUCCUGGCGGGCCCUGGAUUGCCGCCACGGCCGCGCCCUAUUCCUCUCCAACUCCGAGGUCCCGGUCCCGGAUACUCUGGAACUCCUUGUAUGGGAGCCAACCACGGGCAGCCAGUGGCGCAUAGCAGUGCCCGGGGCGUUCCUGAGCGACUUCCCGAGCGCGGCGUUCAAGGACUACUUCCCGGACGCGGAGUUUGAGUGGAGGACCCCGACCGCGGCUGUGUUCUGCUCAGCGGACGGGUGCAACCACCGAGACUGCCUCGGGGGUCCUUUCGGCGUUGUCUUCGUCUUCUCCGUCACCUUCGAGGAGGACACUGACCACGCGGAGUAUCUCACGUCGGCGGGCGUAUACUCAUCGGAGACAGGCACGUGGGGCGAGCUGACCUCGAUUGAUCAGCUCGGCAACUAUACAGACGUUUCCAGCGUGCUCGUCGGGAGAUCUCUGCUCUACUUCAUGUCGGACGGAGGGGUUAUCCUGGAGUAUGACAUGGCCAGGCACGCGCUGGCUGUGUUGAAAACACCAUACCCCGACAUCCCUACACCAUACUCCCACAUCUUUGAGAGAUGGAACCUCAUGCUGACGAAGGACGGUGGACUGGGGGUUAGUGAAUGCUUGGAUCUAGAACUCAAAUUGUGGUCAAGGGAGGAGAGUGGCGGCACUGAUGCACGGUGGGUUCUGACUCGGGUAAUCUACUUGGACAAGUUGCUACCAAGUGCUGCUCUCAUCAAUCCAGAAGACUCAUCAAUCUCAGUGCUUGUGUUGGGCUUUGCCGAGGGAGCAAAUGUCAUUUUCAUCAUCACGCUUGCUGGCCUUUUCACAGUUGAGUUACAUUCGGAGCGGGUGAAGCAGGUGUGCCAUAAGAAUAGGUUCUGUAAUUUGAUUCCAAUUGUCAGCUUCUACACUCCUGUGCCCCGAGUUGAGCACUCUGCCCCGCGGGCAUCGAACCUUGGUGAGGACAGGGCAGGGGAGCGGCACAAAGUAGCAGAGCAUGUGCUGCAGCUGUUCGAUACUUCCGAGGAAGGGGACUUUGUCAAUGUUGACAUCAGCCACCCCGUCGACCUUGAGACCAGGAUUCGAUGUUACGGGGAAGUUGCUCCAGCUUGUGCUAGCACAUUCGGCAAUUAUGGACAUGCCUUGCUCCACAAAGCUCAGGAGGUGAACCAUGCUCUGGGUGAUGUUUCCAACAAUGCACCAAAUGAAGAAUUAGUGAAGGGUACAACCAGCAAAGAUGAUGCUGGGAACUCAACGAUCUCUGGUAGCAAUGUUGAGGAUGUUGCUCCACCUUUGGAGAAAAGUGAUUCUGGAGAAGGUAGUGUCUUUCCGUUGACGUGUGGCUUCUGAAGACAUCGGGUGGCUGUUUCCACUAGCGUCAGACACAACUCUAUGGUGCAGAGCUGCAGAAUGGAGAUUAGUGUCCUAUAGCUCUGAACAAAUUGAUUGCAACUGCUACAUGAUAAAUGGUGAUUCAGACUGUAAUGAAAGAUGCUGUGUAAGUCGGUGAUAGCUCGAGAGACAAAUUUAACGAUGAGAAAUAGCAGUUGUUGGUUCAGGCACACUGUUUUUCUCUGUUGCUCUGUGAGAAGGGAGCAGGAUUUCUACUAUUGCCGACUCUGUGCCUGAAAAAUGUUUGAAAUGAAGUCACUUUGUUCAUCCACCACACAAACUGUGGUAAUGUACCGCCCAUUACAGCGCAUACCUGGAAUAUGGUUAGCCCUGAUCCUGUAUGAGUUUGCUGUAAUUUUUUAAAAGAGAGAUGAAUUUGCUGUGAUUGAUAUUACCUAAA